AUGUCUUCAUCACACCCGCAAGCGUCAGGCUCCACCCCGUCCUCCUCCGAAGCGGUUCGAGUCUACCGUGCGCCAUCCUCCUCGUCACCAUCUCUGCCGCCUCCGGCCGAUGACGACCUCAAGCCUACGCCCGAGGAGCUCAAGGCGGCAUUCAAAUCUACACUGCUCGGGCGGCACGGUCCAGAUGCUCCGCUGCUCACGCGCGCCCUGCGCGAGAAGGAGGAGCAGAGGCUAGGCCUCCACUCGUCGCGAAAUCGACACUGGGAUGACGUCAAGAUCCGCAUCCGCUUCUCCGAUCGUACUAUGGUCGAGGGGUCGUUCAGUGAAGCAGAUAAGAUCGACAAGGUGUACGAGUUUUUGGAGUCCGUGCUCGAUCCAGCAGCCAAGGGCAAGGGCGUGGUCAUCUAUACGGCCCCGCCAAAGUGCGAGUACAGGAGAAUGGAUGCAAAGGUGAAUGCCAAGACGCUCCGGCAGCUAGGCUUGAUCCCGAGCGCCGUCGUCAGCUUACGAUGGGACGAUCCCCAGAUGAAUUCAAAUGCAUACCCGGCUCCCAUCCGUCAAGACCUCCGAUCGCAAGCGCAAGAUCUUCCAUCGUCCAACGCGCAAUCUUCCACAGCACCAGCAGCGUCGGCACCAGAGGACAAGCAGAAACCUCUACCCAAGUGGCUAAAGAACAUUGUCAAAAAGUGA